AUGAAGCCGGUACUGUGCAGUUUUGUUCUUGUGGCAGUUGUUUGCUGUCUGGUUCAAAGUGCUCCCACAGAAAGUAGUGUCAAUGUUAAGAACUCCGAUCUCAAGGUGGUGGAUCAGUCUAACAACCACGACCCGGAAGAGUUCAACUGGAGCUACGAGCUAAGUGACGGUCGGGAAGUGCGUCAAAAUGCGUUCUGGAACACCAAACCGGACGGAACGAGGUACCUGGAAGUCAACGGACUCUACAGUUACGUUGGCCCAGACGGAGUCAAGUACACGGUCAGCUACUUUGCCGACGAGACUGGCUAUCAUCCGACCGUGAUUGUUGGUGAUCAGCCGUUGUAUCCCGAAGGACCGCAGGACAUUGAUCCGAAAGUGCUGGCAUCGCUGCUCGGAUGAAUGAGUUGGGAUCUUCU